AUGGGCUCCCAGAAAACGUCUGGGCUGAGAUCUUUGAGUCUACACGGCAGCUACAGUCUUAAAAAUAGCUUUGGAAGUCCAAAUGGGUGGAAGAAUGAAGGCUUAUUCAGUAAAAAUUCUAAAGAAACUAUGAAGUACCUAAACAAUCGGCUCGCAGACUAUUUAGAGCAAGUAGCAGAAUUGGAAGAAGAAAAUAAUCGACUGGAAAGAAAAAUACAGGAAUGGUAUGAAAAAAAUGCUCCUAAGGAACUACCCAACUUCGACUACUUCUUCAGAACUACUGAGGAACUUCAGAAGGAGAUUUUGAAGGCUACUAUUGUGAAUUCCCAGGCUAUUCUACACAUUGACAAUGCCCGUCUUGCAGGGGAUGACCUCCUAAGCAAAUAUAAUAUGGAACUAAUUCUACGUAAUCAUGUAGAAGCAGACAUACAAGCCUUACGGAGCGGUCUUGAUGGACUGACCCUGGAAAAAUGUGACCUUGAAUUUCAGAUUGAAUUCCUCAUGGAUGACCUGGAAUCAUUAAAGAAGAACCAUACAGAGGAGGUAAACUGUCUUGAAAACCAAGUGGGAGCCAGAGUCAACGUGGAAGUGAAUGCUGCACCCUCAGUCGACCUGAGUAAGAUUUUGUUAGAAAUCCGAAAUGAAUAUGAAAGCUUGAUGGAACAGAACCAAAAAGAUGUGGAGAGAUGGUUCAUGACUCAGAGUGAAGAGUUGAGCCACCAAGUGAUGUCUAGAACUGAGCAGCUGAGCACAUUGAAACCUGAAGUCAUUGAGUUAUGGCACACAACAGAGAUGUUAGAGAUUGAUCUGCAGACUGAAUUAAACAAAAAAUUGGCUCUUGAAGGAACCUUGGCAGAGACACAAGAGGAUUUUCUGAUUCAGUUAGCUUACAUACAAGAGCUGGUUAACAAUGCAGAAGCUGAAUUGUCCCUGUUACGAUAUGAUCUGGAGCGCCACCACCAUGAGUAUAAGAUUCUGAUGGAUGUAAGAACACGUCUGGAAAUAGAAAUCAUUGCAUAUCGUCGACUCCUGCAAGAAGACGACAUGUAUGUAGGAAGAAGCAUCUAUUGUGUCUAUAAAAUGGGCUGA